AUGGCGCUCGCUUCGGCCGGCCUGCCGCCGCCGAGACUCGGCGUGAAGCGCCGCCUCGACGGCGAGCUCGCGAGCGCGCGCGUCAACGACGACGACGCCAAAGAAGGCGACACCAUUAUGGUGGACGCUGCACAGAUGGCCGCUGCGGCGGCCGCCGGCACCGACCGCGGCACGAAGCGCCUGCUGCACGUCGCGCUCGCGGCGCGCGACGGCUCGCACAUCCCGGACAUCCAGAACAAGACGGCGCUCGUCACCGAGGUGCGCCAAUUGAUCAAGAAGACACCAGGCGGCGAGGCGCAGCAGGCAAGCGCGAUCAGCGUGCCCAUCAUCGGCACGUCGCGCGCCAUCUGCGUCGCCUUCAGCGGCGAGAGCGAGGCACGCGCCUUCCUCGAGCAGUACACCGGCGGUGGCGUCCUACAGCUCCCAGCGCCAGACAACAUCACCAUCACCUUCGCCGCUCUCGACGCCACCGUGUGGGGCAAGCAGGCGGAGGCGCGCGAGACCCAGGCGACCACGGACUCAGACGGCCUCCUCGCCAUACGCACGCGCGGCGCCAUCGACACCGCGGCCCAGAUCGAGCACUUCGCCCCCCUCUUGGAGAAGCACUUCGGCAACAUGGUCUCCAUCCAGGAGGGAUACCACUCCUUCCUGGGCACGAAGUCGGACGAGAAGGACGGCUCGAUCCUCUUCAAGGUGAAGAACGAGAACCUCGUCUGCAACCUCCCGGUCCUGCCCAACGUCUACGCGAGCGGCGAUGUCGGCGGACCCCUCCGCCUCGACGUCGGGUGCGUCAAGGUCCUCGGCAACAAACUCUGCCCCUCCUGCCGCGCAUUUGGGUUGACCAACGCCGACAUCAUCCACGACGCGCAGUGCGCCGCGCAGGCGCUCAAGGAGAGGCGCGCCGCAGCGGCGAACGUCGCCACGCACUCGAGGUUCCCUGAACCCUGA